AUGUUCCGAGCCGUCCAGCGGCUGGCUGCGGCAGCGGCCCCGAGUGGGCCCCCUGCUGCAGCAGCAGCAGCAACUGCAGCAGCAGCAGCAGCAGCACCCAAAACAGAAGUCCCCGAUGUGCUGGUCUCUUUCGGCAAUCAAGCAGACAGGAUCACCUUCGUCAGCCACCCAGGAGUUAUGGCGGUUUCGAAACUCCUCGAAAUGGAACACGUCACCCAAUUCCGAGCUGUCUUGACACAAGAAGAUGUAAACGCCAUCACCGAAUUCGACCCCGAACUUGCCAAAAAGGCGCAAGUAGCCGUGGACGAGGGGCUGGCAGUGAACUUCCAAGACCUGGAGUACUUCGACAGAAAUGAAUUUGUUGCUGCUUUCAAAAAGGAACAAAAGAUGCUGCAGCAAGCUCGAGACGAAGUGCUGCAGGCCCCCCCGGGCUCCUACGAGCUCCCCAAGGCAGCAGCAGACUACAAGCUGCCCCAGGCCCCCCGCAGCUGGAGGCCAGAGACCCAAGUGCCCCCCGAAGUGUUCGAGGCGGACCCGCAGCUGCGGCUGCGGGAGGAGUUGGGUGCGGAGGUGCGGCGGCACUUGUUGGAAACUGCGCCUGUGAGUCAAAUUCCGAAGUGA